ACACUUGAAGUGGCUUGUCUCUACAGAAUUUGCUGACUCGUCCCCUCUUACUCUUUCUGGCGCUGGAGGAAUAGUUGCGUCGGUGUGUCCAUGUGAUUGCGAGUGAUGAUGUCCCUGUGGGUGUGUAUAUUCCUCCCUGUCCUCUCUGCGGCCCAACGGUCAGAGCCCAUGUUCUCAGCGGUCACAGAGUCCAUGCUUCCUCCAGACUAUGACAACAAUCCCACCCAGCUCAACUACGGAGUGGCUGUCACCGACGUAGACAACGAUGGAGACCUUGAGAUGUUUGUAGCCGGGUACAAUGGUCCUAACCUGGUUCUGAAGUACGAUACCCAGAGGAAGAGACUGGUCAACAUUGCUGUUGACAACCGUAGCUCCCCUUUCUAUGCUCUGAGAGAUCGCCAAGGCAAUGCCAUCGGAGUGACAGCCUGCGACAUUGAUGGAGACGGAAGAGAGGAGAUCUAUGUGCUCAAUACCAACAACGCCUUCUCAGGUCGUGCCACCUACUCUGAUAAGCUCUUUAAGUUCCGUAAUGGCCGGUUUGAAGAUUUGUUAAACGACGAUAUUAACGAACACCGCGAUGUAGCCAACCGCUUGGCUGGACGAUCUGUAGCCUGCGUAGACCGAAAGGGUACAGGUCGUUAUGCCAUCUACAUAGCUAACUAUGCUAGUGGUAACGUGGCUCCCCAUGCCCUGAUAGAAAUGGAUGAAGCUGCCAGUGACCUCUCCCGAGGCAUCAUCGCCCUGUCCAACGUCGCAGAGCAGGCUGGAGUCAACAAGUUCACAGGUGGCCGUGGUGUGGUUGUAGGUCCCAUUGUUAGCCAGUACUUGUCUGACGUGUUUUGUGAUAACGAGUACGGACCUAACUUCCUGUUUGUAAACAAUGGAGAUGGAACCUUCACUGACGUUGCUCAGCAGGCAGGUGUGGAAGACCCUAUGCAGCACGGUAGGGGGGUGACUUUGGCUGACUUCAACAGAGAUGGAAAGAUGGACAUUGUCUACGGAAACUGGAACGGGCCACAUCGACUCUACCUACAGCUGGGCAACAACCGCAAGCACAGGUUCAAGGACAUAGCAUCUCAGAAGUUCUCCAUGCCGUCUCCGGUGCGUACGGUCAUCGCUGCAGACUUCGACAACGACAACGAACUAGAGGUGUUCUUUAAUAACAUUGCUUACAGAGGGUCAUCAUCCAACAGACUGUUCAGGGUAACUAGGAGAGAACAUGGGGACCCCCAGAUUGAGGAGCUGAAUGUGGGGGAGGCAGCCGAGCCAGAAGGACGAGGAACAGGGGCGGCAGUAACAGACUUUGAUGGAGAUGGUCGUCUGGACCUGCUGAUAUCUCAUGGAGAGAGUGCUGCACAGCCUCUCUCUAUCUACAGAGUCAACCAGGGCUCCACUAACUCGUGGCUGCGUGUUAUCCCUCGUACCCAGUACGGGGCGUAUGCCCGGGGGGCUAAGGUAGUGGUCUACACUAAGAGAAGUGGUCCACACACACGCAUCAUUGACGGGGGCUCCGGAUACCUCUGUGAGAUGGAGCCUGUAGCACACUUUGGGCUCGGUAAAGACAUAGCCACUAAUGUUGAGGUGUACUGGCCAGAUGGGAAGUCAAUAGCCAGGCCUCUGGAACCAAGUGAGAUCAACUCUGUCCUUGAGAUCCGGUAUCCCAGAGAGGAGGAGGAGGGCACACCUGAAAUAGAGAUAGAGUGUGGCCAAGGGUUUGCUAUGAAUGAGAAUGGCCGGUGCACAGAUAAGGAUGAGUGCACCCAGUUCCCCUCUGUCUGUCCCACUGACCGUCCUGUAUGCACUAACACCUAUGGCAGCCACAAGUGUCGUGCCAAUAAGAGGUGCAACCAGGGCUUUGAACCCAACGAUGAUGGAUCGGCCUGCGUGGCUCAGGUAGCUUACUUUGGGGGGACACGCUCCUCGGGGGUCCGAAGAUGGGCCGGCUUCUCUCUCUGGCUUCUUUCUCUCUCUCUGCUGCCUCUCCUCUCCUCCCGUCUGCAAACCGGACUACUGUAGCUGCUACUACUCUCCACUUCACUCUGGAAGCUUCCCUCCGCUCUCCUCCCUCUCUCUGGGGGAGUGUACAGUGACUCUCGAAAACAAACUGAA